GUCACGCAUGCGCAAUAGCUGAAGCUAACAAAUUUCAAACUGCCUGGGCGGGUAGUUGAAGCCGAUACAGGGGAGGAAAAUAUACAACAAAAGUUCAUUAUCAAGAAUAUAGUUGAAAGUAUUACGAAAAUGACAAGUACAUUGAAAGGCAUUACUCUCAAAGGAAGUGCAGAGCUAGUGGCCGAGUUCUUCUCGUUCGGUAUCAACAGCAUCCUGUACCAACGGGGCAUCUAUCCUCCAGAGACAUUCACCAGAGUCACCCACUAUGACAUGAGCCUUCAACUCACCACUGAUCCCAAACUGAAGAGCUACCUGACCAAUGUUGUCUCACAACUAAAAGAGUGGCUGUUUGAGUGCACUGUCCAGAAGCUGGUGCUGGUGAUCACAUGUCUGGAAACCAACGAGGUGCUGGAGAGAUGGCAGUUUGACAUUGAGUGUGACAAGUCAGCCAAGGAGAGCAGUGCACCCAGAGAGAAAUCUAUAAAGACCAUUCAGGAUGAGAUCCGCUCUGUCAUCAGACAGAUAACAGCCACUGUUACUUUCCUGCCUCUGCUCGAGACACCAUGUGCGUUUGACCUCCUGGUCUACACAGACAAAGACCUGGUUAUUCCAGAGAAGUGGGAGGAGUCUGGGCCUCAGAUUAUCAACCAGUCAGAGGAGGUGCGUUUACGUUCCUUCACCACCUCCAUCCACAAGGUGAACAGCAUGGUGGCGUACAAGAGGACAGACUCGGCCUAAAUGUCACCUCAACCCCAAGCUACACAUAUACACCAACCACUGCCCCUUAUAGAAGACGUUAGAUUUUACACUGUCCUGUCCUACCUUACUACCUUAAUACUGUGUAGUAUCCUGUACCCUGAGUGUUCUCUCACUUCCCCUCUCUGGACUGAAGCUUGUGAAAAGGAUGUGGAGGAAAUCUGCUCUGUCCACACUGAUGUAAAUAUUUGUCAUUAGCAGUGAUUUGUUUAUUAGGAGCAGACUGUUUUUCUUAGUGUUAUUUCUCCUUUCUCUUGUCAACCUCUGUUUUAGAAGCUUGUGGUUUAUGUUAAAUUUUU